AUGACAGACACCGUGAUCGAAUAUAUUGCCGCUGGCGGGAACAGGCAUCCUUCUGCCGCAGACUGGUCGACUUCAUUUCUCGCCUAUGGCGCUGGCAACAACAUUGCUCGGUGGAACCCCCAAGAUGGCGGUCGUAAAGGCGUAUACGCUCUUCUCGCAGGUCACACGGACUCUGUAAACGCAGUCAAGAUCAUCGAAGAUUCCAACAGACUGCUCAUUGUGAGCGGAAGCGCAGAUAAUACGAUUCGAAUAUGGUCUCCCAGCUCAAAUGGAACAAUCGAGGAAAUACAGUGCCUCAAGGAGGAUACUGCAUCGAUCAAUGCAAUUGCUACGUUGUCGGAUGCAAAUCUGUUCGCGUCAGGCGCGGCAGAUGGUACUGUCAAGAUAUGGUAUCUGGAAGAUACAACAGCUAAGCUCGCUCAGACCAUCUCCUUGAAGCCACGAUUCUUUCCAUUAUGCCUUGCACUUACGCGCCUCGCGAGUGGCGAUGUAGUGCUCGCAGUUGCCGGAACUUCGAACAUCAUUCAACUGUUCGCUUGCGCGCAUGGUGAUGGAAGCAGUUUCGAGCUGCAAGCUACUAUGAGGGGUCAUGAAGGUUGGAUUCGAUCUCUGGACUUCACCAGAGAGCACCAGACAGAACAAAGUGAUACACUGCUGGCUUCUGCCAGCCAGGAUAAGUACAUCCGUUUAUGGCGCUUUCGCCAGGGCGAAACCAGGGCUUCCAGCGGUGUCAGCGAGGUGAACGAGCUCGUCGCAGGUGCAGAGAAAAUAUCUUUGUCAAACAAAGCCCAUCAAGUUGGGAGUGAAGGCUCGAAGCAUAGCGUAACAUUCGAAGCACUGCUUGUUGGUCACGAAGACUGGAUCUACACGGCACGCUGGGCUCCAAACAAGACCGGUACCCAAAGUGCUUGUCUGCUAACAGCAUCUGCGGACAACUCUCUCUCGAUAUGGAACGCGGAGCCUUCGUCAGGCCUGUGGGUAUGCAGCAGCAGACUGGGAGAAAUUAGUUCGCAGAAAGGAUCUACCACUGCGACAGGCAGCACAGGCGGCUUUUGGAUAGGACUUUGGCAACACGAUGCUCGGUCAGUCGUCAGUCUAGGACGAACAGGCAGCUGGCGGCGCUGGAGUUACCAGCCUGAUAGUGAUAUGUGGGUUCAGGAAGUUGGCAUAGGUGGACACGUGGAGGAAGUGCGCAGUCUGGCAUGGGCGAGGUCAGGCCAGUACUUGCUCUCGACGAGCUCAGACCAGACGACCCGGCUGUAUUCCCAGUGGCAGGAGCAGGAAAAGUCAAAGUCGUCGUGGCAUGAGUUCGCACGACCGCAGAUACAUGGAUAUGAUCUAAAUUGUGUUGAUUGCAUAACUGAUGAUCGAUUCAUAUCUGGCGCUGACGAAAAGCUGCUCCGGGUCUUUGACAAGCCUAGAGCUGUGGAUAAUCUUCUUGCAAAGCUGGGCGGAACUGCUACAUCUGGCGCCGCUGAUUUGCCAGAUGCUGCCAACAUUCCAGUUCUCGGCCUGUCGAACAAAGCUGUCACCGCAGUGGACAGGCAGGAGCAGAACGGCGCUGAUGGCGACAUGGACGAAGACGAGACUGGUGGCUCCACAUCGAUGACAAGGGAGAAUCAAUCUAUUCUGAAUCUCGAACAUCCGCCAUUCGAAGAUCAUCUUGCUCGUCAUACUCUCUGGCCAGAACACGAAAAACUGUAUGGUCAUGGCUAUGAGAUAUCAGCUGUGGCUACCAGCAAUGACGGCACCUUGGUUGCCACUGCUUGUAAGGCCAGUUCCCUGGAUCAUGCAGUGAUUCGGCUAUACGAGACGAAAGAAUGGCGGAAGGUCAAACCUCCUCUUACUGCGCAUAGCUUAACUGUGACCAGCCUUGCCUUCUCGCCGGAUGAUCGCUAUCUGCUUAGCGUUGGAAGAGAUAGGCAGUGGGCAUUGUUUGAGCGAGAAAGCAGUGCAUCGAGCGUGUACACAAUGCAUGCAAGUAAUCCCAAAGGUCACUCGCGCAUGAUCUUGGACUGUUGCUGGGCGCCUGCUACUGUCGGACAGGUCUUCGCCACCGCAGGUCGAGACAAGAGCGUCAAAAUCUGGAGGCUUCUGGAAGGCAAAGCCGAAUGCAUAUCGACAUAUGCGAGCACGGCGUCCCUGACUGCUAUUGCUUUCGAACAACGACUCCACGAAGGGCAAUUGUUGUUGUUGGCAGGAGAUGAGGUUGGCAAGAUCAUCCUCAUCAGGCUGCAGCAGGAUACGUUGGGGGUACAGGGCGCUGAAGACAUGCCUAUCUCCAUUAGACCUUCGAAGAGUGUGACCUCAUUGCGCUGGCGACCAGAGGUGGUGAUUGAGAAUGUUUCGCAGGUCAAGCGGGCCUUUGCUGCUGCAAGUGACGACCACUCGGUAAGGAUAUAUACUUUCUCCUGAACUUACGGUCGCAAGCUAUGAUUGAACGACAUGGUUCAGCAAGGGUCUUGGUCUGAUCCAAGCUCUUACGACCUCCUACCUUAUGGAGCCCUGACGCGCGAGCUCGGGUCCUGAUGGUUUUGAAGCAUGAAAUGUACUAAAAGUCUGAAAGAGGUGUUGUUCUCGGUGGUCAAGGGCUUCACAUGAGUAUAUGAUUGAUUACAUGGAGCGUGAUGUUGGGCUUGGUUGAAGUAUGCAAUAUUUUGCAAUCGAUCGCGAGCCAGACAGACAACCAGUGAGUGUGUGAGGGGGGGUCGAGAAUGCCGCGUGGUUCCGCAACAACAGAGAAUUCCACACACCAUAGGGCACCAAAGGGC